GAGCAGGAACAGGAACAGGAACAGAGGAGUGUGCAGCAGAGAGGAGACUGCCACAUAGAGGAAUGCAAGCAAGGACAAUGUUUCUUCCCGAUGGGUCCUCUGCUUUCUAUAGCCCCGUAUAUUCAGUGGACUAGUUUUGCCAGCUGCUCUGCAUCGAUGCAAGAUGGGUUGUGGAAAUUCCUCAGCUGCCAACACAACAGGAGGAGGGCCUGCAGAAGCAUCUAAAGAUGUGACAGAGGAUCUCUCGCCAGAUGAAGAGAAAAGAAGGAAUUAUGGUGGGGUUUACGUCGGUCUUCCAGCUGAUAUGAACACAGUUGCAUCAAGCCAGUCCAAGUCCACAUGCAAAGAUUAACAGAAAAGAGUGGCAUUAAAUCAACUCAGACAUUCUCUUGUGUACGUACAAGGCUGUCCUCUAACGAUGGUCCAUGUGCGCUAUCCUAGCCUCUGGGCUCCCGGCCAGGAUAGCAUCACAAUGGUCUGUGCCCAGUGGUGGGCUGUGGAGAAGCGCUGUGCCACGCAGGGAUGGCUCUGUGUCUACGUGCCAUCUCCACAAACUCUCCCCAUGGCAAAGGGCAUCGAGCCUCUGGAUGGAAGCUGGGGACUAUGGGCAUUGUGGGCACCCUGGCACACUAGCCAAGCAUUUCCCUCUCAGGGAAUUACCUGAGGUGUGACAUUUUCCUUUUAUUUGUUGGGCCAAGGUAUCCAGACAGGGUUUUGUCAGGUCUGCAAUAAUGAAAACAAACAAACAAAAAAAAAUCCAACUUUCAUUGCUCCAGGAUACAGCGUUUCAGAAUUCCAUAUGAGAUGUGAUGUGUAACAUCAAAAUACAUAGAUGCUUGCAUUUCCACUGAGAUGGAUUUGACGUGGAUUGGAAUAUAUCAGAGCAGAAUGGCCUUGGGCUACAGUUUUUUUAUUCCCCUGACCAGAAUGGCUUAUGGUUUCAUUUCUUAUGUGCUUUGAUAAUUAAUUCAUGACAGCGCAUAAAUAAGCUUUUUUCAACUCUGCAGUAUUCUCAAGAUAUUUUUCAUUUGAGGUGGUUUGCUGAUACAGGAUUUGGGAGAUGUGUGAUUCUGUGCUUCCCUCUGUAUUACCUUUCAUAACUCAGAGGACAUGAAGUAGCUAUGAUGAAUACUUCUAAAAGUAAUUCAGUUGUGGUCUCUUGUGAAAAUGAAGCUGAAUGCUCUGGGACUCUCUACUCAUGCAAGAACAAGGUUAUUGGCACACAGCAUUGUGCAGAACACAUGUGAUUUCUGUAGAAAUGUGUGACUAGAGGUGACGAUAAAGGAAAAAGAAAUCUCUUUUCUCUUUCUCCCCUACUCUUCUCUCUCUCUGUCUCUCUCUCUCUAUCUCUCUCUAUCUCUCUCUCACACACACA